AUGCGUUCUGAUACAGAAUAGACUUAAGAUAGCUGUUAAGUUUGUAAAAAAUAAGAUGUAGAAUUAUCAAGAUGUUCUUAAUGCAAAUCCAUUUAUUAUUGUUCAAUAGAAUGUUAAAAAAAAGACUGGAAAGAUCAUAAAUUUAUCUGUUCUGAAAUAUUGUUAAAAUAAUAGCGAGAAAAAUAAAGAGCAGAGAGAAAAGCAUAAGGAAAGAAAGCAAUUGAAGAUUUUGCAGAUUUUGAAGUUUUAGGUCAUGGAAACUUCUCAGAUAUAUUUAGAGUUCGAGAAAUUGAAACUAAUUAACUCUAUGCAUUAAAAUAGAUUAAUAAAAGAAAAUUAACAUAAGUAAACAAGGAAAAAGAUGUUUAUAUGGAAAAGCAUUGUUUAGGCAAACUUACUGAAAAUCCCUAUGUUAUUAGAUUAUACUCAACAUUUUAAGAUGAUGAAAAUUUAUAUAUGUUAAUGUAAUACAUUGAUGGAGGAGAAUUGUGGUAACAAAUUCAUAAUUUUGGAGCUAGAGCAUUUCCCAUUUGUCUAUACUAUAUUUCAGAAAUUCUAAAAGGUAAAUAUAUUCAAUUUUAAUAAAGCAAUAAAUUCAAUUCAUAAAUAAGGGAUAGUUCAUAGAGAUAUAAAAAGUGAAAACAUACUGUUAACUUAAGAUAAAAAAAUAAAGUUUAUAGAUUUUGGACUUGCAAGAGAUAUGAAUGAUCUAACGAUAGAAGAUAGAAGGAAGUGGAAAUGGUAGAAUAGGUAAUAAUCAAUAGAUUAUUUGUAUAGGUAAAUAAACUGGGAGUGCUAUUUUAUCAUAUAGUUUUUGGAAAGUAUCCAUUUGAUGGAAAAAGUGAUUAUUUAAUGUUUCAGUAAGCAUUAAUAAGAUUAUUAGACAAUAUUUAAUGGAUUAAGUGAAAUUGAUAAAUUUACAUUUGAUUUUGCUUUAGAAUUAAAUAAUGCUGAAGAUAAAAUUUGUGUGAAAUAUGAAGUGAAUAAAGUGAUAGGGAAAUAUGAAAAAUUAAUAUAAGAUGAGAAUUACUAAAAGAGAUUAAAUUAUAUGAAUUAAAUUAUAGAAUAGAAUCUGCAAAACAGAAAAGAUGAUGAUGAAGAACCUUAAUAAUUUGGAUGA